GCGCCGAAGUGGAUCCCACCUACCUGUGCUCCAUACUGUGUGGUCUGAUUAAAAAGGACUAUCUGGCUUUCCACGUGGUUAACAUUCCAAGCCCAGGCGGCAGUCGGUGGCAGUUGUACGUGCAUGCGUACCAUAUCCUCGUGCUGUUGGUCUCCUACCAACAGACCUUCGGCCAGGCAAUGAAGGGCAGAGCUAUGAAAGACGAUCUGCUGGCGUGUUUCCGUAAGGGUCUGGUUUCAAAGUGGCGCAACCUCACUCGGCCGUGCAUCUAUGCGCUGCGGCUGUGCUGUCUGGAGAUGCAACAGCCCAUCACGCGCAUGCUGCCGCACAUCCUCAACGACCUCAACAAGAUCUCCAGCAAAUCCUCCCUAGCCAUUCCCAUUCUGGAGCUAUUGUCCGGUCUCAUACGAAUUCCUAAACUGUACGCCAACUUCACCGAAGACCAUUACAAG